AUGUCAGAGAAGACUCAGUCAUCAGAUGACGAAGUGAGUCGGCCAGUCGAGGUCGCGUCAGUCUCAGAAAAAGCUCAAACAGCCAAGGAUGGCAUCAACAAGACUGUCAAAGUUGGUGAAGUCUCCUCGGCCGAAAGCGGUGGCAUUUACGAUGCAAAGCAGGACAAGGCGCUCGUGCGCAAGCUGGAUUGGCACAUCAUGCCUGUCCUGGUGAUCCUGUAUCUUCUCAGCUUCCUCGACAGAACAAACAUCGGCAACGCCCGUCUAGCAAACCUGGAGGUGGAUCUCAAGAUGUCUGGGCUCGACUACAACAUUGCUCUCGCAAUCCUCUACCCGUUCUACGUCGCAGCAGAGAUCCCUUCAAACAUCAUGAUGAAGUUAACCCGGCCAUUUCUGUGGUUGCCUAGCACUAUGGUGGCCUGGGGCGUGUGCUGCACACUGAUGGGACUGUGUACCAACUUCGCUGGACUGCUUGCGGCGAGAGCUGCGCUGGGUCUGGCUGAAGGAGGGCUCUUUCCAGGAAUCAACUUCUUCAUUACUAUGUGGUAUAAGCGCCAUGAAUGCGGUCUGCGAAUGGCUAUUUUCUUCUCGAUGGCAACAGCAGCAGGCGCUUUCGGUGGCCUACUAGCACGCGGUAUCAGCGAGAUGGAUGGCGUCGGCGGUCGCGGCGGCUGGGCAUGGAUCUUCAUCCUCGAGGGCAUAGUCACUGUUGCUGUCGCUUGCUGGGCGUACUGGGCAUUCCAGGACUAUCCUGACACGGCUCACUUCAUUACCGAGGAGGAGCGAAAGCGUGUUCAGCAGCGGCUCGACGAAGAUCGCGGCUCGCUUGCUGAUGAGUGGGAUCGGAAGUACAUCUUGCAUGCUUUGACGGACUGGAAGGUGUAUAUGCAUUGCUUCAACUUUCUUGGGACCUUUGCCAGCGUCUACUCCUUCUCUCUGUUCCUGCCGACCAUCGUCCGUGGUCUAGGCUACAGCAAUGAGAAAGCGCAAUUGAUGACAGUCCCACCCUACGUCGUGGCAUGUUUCUUCUGUCUCACGUCGGGAUGGCUGUGCGACCGCCUCCAGACCCGAGGAAUCGUGCUGAUAGCAUUCAACGUGGUGGGCAUUGUCGGGCUGAUCAUGUUGAUCUCGUCAACAAAUAAUCACGUCAAAUAUGCUGCGACCUUCUUCUACGCUACGGGCGUGUACCCGAACACGCCACAGUGCAUGGCCUGGAACGGCAACAAUGUGGGAGGGUCGACGAAGCGGUCGAUUGCGCUGGCUGCGCAGGCUAUGGUUGGAAACCUGGGAGGAAUCCUGGCGUCCUUCGUCUUCCUCAGCAAGGACGGACCACGGUACAUCAAAGGCUACGGCAUCCUCAUCGGCAUCCUCACUAUGAGCAUGAGCAUCUGCACUUUCAUGACCAUUUACUACCGCAGGGAAAACGCUCGGCGGGAUCGACUGUAUAAACCGCCGUCCGAGUAUACGGCCGAAGAGAAGGCGGCGGAGAGGGAGAAGGGCGAUGCGGCUACAUUCUUUCGCUUUACGGUCUGA